CCGAGAUUUUAUCCAUUCUUAAGUCUGAACUUUCUCCGAGUUACUGCAAUAUGUGUGGGGUUCUCAUUACAUGGUGCAUAGGUCGUAACAACAACGGACCGAUUGGAACCGACAACCAAGUCAGAGGAGAAGCAAUCAAUACUAGAGUCGUGAAGUCGAAUCCUGUUAAUCCUUCGCCGGAUACGAAGUCGAAAAGCAAGGGCGAGGGCGAUGGCAUAGCACAGCCAGAGAGGGCGGUUUAUCCUAAGCAGGAGGGCAACUCACAUGAAGAAGAUUCGAGGGUGAAGGUUGGGACAGAAGAUCCAGAUACUAGUCUUCAUAGCAACGAACCCAAGAAGUCAAGCCACGUCUGCGAUGCCUUCUCAGACUUCACCAACUCCCUCGUUAUACGAGCAGGGCAUUAGAGCCGGUUUCCCAUAUCCCAUAACCCCUUCUCCAUCACAACGAACCGCCACGCUGGACCCAGAAAUCUCACGCCUUUCCAUCAGCAGCAAGAAUGCUCUUCACUUUCGUCACCUUCUCGGAGAAGUGCUGUUUCUUGUCGGUACUAGACAGGAAACUUAGAUUGGAUUCGGUUCAUUUAGAGGAGAAUAAGUGGGAGACAAACCGUGUUCCGGCUCGGAUGUCGGUUUGGACUCUGAGUACACCGUUUUGGUGGACGAGGGUGUGGGCUUGGCCGAUGAGGCGCAUUACUUCGUCCCAUGUGCCUUCUGUGAGAGAUGUUAGACUUUAUAGUACAUAUUAUACUCCAUGAACGUAGAUAAAGCAAU